AUGCCCAGGAACCUCAACUACCUGGAGGCUGCAACGCUGCCUUGCAGUACUCUCACGGCGUGGAAUGCUCUCCACGGUCUCAGGGCAGUCCUUCCCGGCGACUGGGUCUUGACACAAGGCGCUGGUGGUGUCAGCAUCUCUACUUUGCAGUUCGCAAAGGCUGUGGGUUCCCGAGUCGUUGCCACGACAUCCUCUCCUGCCAAGGCUCAGAGGCUGAGAGACCUAGGAGCCGACCACGUCAUCAACUACAAGACCAUUCCGAACUGGGGAGAGGAAGCCAAGAGGCUCACUAAAAGGGGUGUUGACCAUGUCCUCAAGGUUGUCGGCGCGCACACUAUCGCACAAACCCUCAAUGCUGUUAAAAUCAAUGGCCUCAUCACCAUCAUCGGCUGGAUUGGUGGACCGGGAGAAACCGGACCGAGCUUCGGACAAAAUCUGUCCAGCAUGGCUAUCAUCAGGGAAAUCGUCGUCGGGAGCCAAGAUCAAUUCGAAGCAAUGGCACCCCUUUCACCUCUUUUCAUUUACCUGGUUAUUAACUCCAUUAAGGCUCGCGCAAUUGAAGCUUCCGACAUCAAACCCGUUCUCGACGAACAGCUCUUCAAGCUCGAGGGGCUCAAGGAGUAA